ACGUUUUGAUGGUGCAGUAAUUUGGAAUUGGAUGGUAAGUUUUGCUGGCGACCAGAGAGAGCCGUCGAGAGCAUACCACAACCACCAUUGUGUGACGCUGCAACAAACUGAAAUCGCGAGCGAGAAGGAGGUUACGCGAAUCGGGUUGCAAAUCACUUCCACUGGGUACGCGAAAUUCAAUUGAGGAAUAGGGUUGUAUUGAAGGGAGGUUAGUGUGUUGAUUUUGGCGGUGGAGAAAGUAAAUUUGGGGAUUAGGGUUUUCUUUUGUUCUUGUUUUCGAAAUAUGAAAGAGUUAUGGAUCGAAGUGUUCGACCUCGUCUUCUUCUUCUUCAAAGCGAGGAUUUUCAAAAAUUUUGUGGAUGUGGGGAAAAAUUAUUGUUAUUGAAAGCCAACACCGCGAAGAACAAUGGUAGAUUUUUCUGGAGAUGUAGAAACUGGACAACUGAAGGAAAUUGUAGCUUCUUCCAAUGGGCUGAUGAAGGGGAACCUGUUUGGGAUGAAUUAACAGAGAAAAAAGAUGAAGAAACUUUGUGUGAUAAGGAGAAAAUGGUUGUGGAUUUGCUUCAGAAGAAUGUGAAGCUAAAGAAGAAAUUGAUGGAGGAGAGAAAACUGGGUCAAAUUAAGAUGUGGCUUUUCUUAGUUUCAUGGGCAUUUACUAUUGUGUUUUGUGUUUUAUUCGUGAUGAAAAUCAAUUGUAACAUGUAGCAACUUAGCAGCUUGUUCUUGUACUGAAUGGUUAUCUGUUUGUGGUAGCGUGUUAGUGAGCUGUUGUGUUUUAUGUUGUAUUCGUGUUGAAAAUCAAUGGGAAAUUUUUUUAUUCAAUUGUA